CUCUUCAACCAUGUUAUUUAUUAAAUAUAUUUUUGUAUUCCUAUUUUUUCUCAUAACCUUGAGUCUUGUUUACACUGAUAGAACGUGUAAUUUACUUGAAGAGAAGUUUCCUCGCCUCCGUCUUAAAAGACAUCUUUUUUGUGAUUAUGAUCCUGAAGUAAGGCCACUUGUUGAUGGUCAAAAAAAUAAAACUGAUGUCAGUAUUAUUAUCAUUCCAAAGCUAGCAGAUUUCGAUGAUACACAUCACACUUUGAAUUUACAUUCUUGGGUGUAUAUUUCCUGGAAAGAUAUACAUUUAAGAUGGAAACCAGAAGAUUUUGAUAAUAUUGAUACUCUUUGGGUCCCUGGUACUGAUAUUUGGACUCCCGAUCUUUCAAUUCAGAACGCUGGCAAUGGAGAAUAUCAACCUGAUGUAUCUUAUACAAAUUGUGUUCUUUCCAAAGAUGGAAAUGUUAUUUGCGUUCCAGCAGUACUUUUUGCACUUAAAUGUCUUGCAGAUUAUACAUAUUGGCCUUUUGAUCAACAAAAUUGUAGUCUGCAAAUUUCUUCUUGGUCUCACAAUAAUAAUGAAAUAUCAUUUAACAUGAAAAAAUUUGCCAUUGUAAUGAUCCAUUUUUAUCCAAGUCCUGAAUGGAAAAUUUAUCCCGAUAAUUACGGCUUUGAAAAAAGAAAAUCUUUGUAUCAGAAUGAUACUGAAUUUUCAACAGUUUCUAUCGAUUUUAAUGUUGAACGAGCUUACAGUGCACUUUGGAGAGUAUACAUUACUCCAAUGUGUGUAAUGGUUGUUAUGACUUUAACAACACUAUGGUUUGACCCAGGUUCCAAAGAACGUCUUCUAGUUGCUUGCACUAACUUUUUUUUUCAUCUUUUCUGUUUACAAGGCCUUCAUUGGCAAGCGCCACUAAGCAGUACAUCAAUCCCUAACAUAAUGAUUUUUUAUCACAAUUCAAUUAUACUUUCGACGAUUGCUCUCAUAGCAACGUGUCUUCUUCAAAAACUUAGUGAGCUGAAGACUUCACCACCUUCAUGGCUUCACUCUUACAUGUUAUUUGUUGUAACUAGCAAGCCAGGACAGAUUCUUUUAUGGAGUGUUCUUGACUCGAAAGCAUCUGCAAUUAUUGCAGAAGAUGGUGAUGAUCAAAGUGAACUUGUCAAUGCAGAUACUCAAUCAUAUAAAUCUUCUUGGAACUACACUAUUAUUGUUGUGGGAUGGUUCUUAUUUUUCAUCGUCUUUUUAACGUAUUUUAUUAUGCUAAUCGUUUUACUACAUGUUCCUGAUAAAUGAAAUUGUUAAAAUUUCUUAUUCGAAAGUAUUUUUUUAAAUUUAAACAAUUGAGUGGUAUAAAAAAGAUUUCUUCGUAAUUAGAUACUUUCUGAUUUAUUUGAAAAAUAAAGUAAUAUAAAACAUG